CGGCGGGUUAGCGCGUGACUUGACCUUGAACGUCACGACUAAAAUUACUGCUUCAUGUAAACUUCGUGAAACUUCAAGUUCGCAUUGCUGGGGAUGCGAAUCAACAGUAAAACUGUUUUGGAAGGGGAAAAGGUUGUGUUAGUCCCCUACAAGAAAGAGCAUGUUCCAAGGUUUGUAAAUUUAUUCUUGUAGUAAUUUUUAUGGUUUUAACUGCGUGAAGGACAAAUAGGGUUGGCUUCUUAGCUUAUUUAAAAACGCCCACUGCAAACAGCGCAGCAAAUAAGUGAAAAUGAAGAUCAGCUGAAAAAACAAUUUGCCACGUUAUAUACAUUUUUAAAAUUAUUAUUUUUCCUUUACAUCUUCUGUUCUUUUUGUUGAAAUUAAUUUUAAAUAUCCUUAUGUAGAUACCAUGACUGGAUGCAAUCUCCUGAGCUGCUGGAACAAACAGCAUCUGAAAGGCUUACAUUAGAACAAGAAUAUGACAUGCAAAACAGCUGGUUUCAGGAUGAAAACAGUAAGCCGGACUGCUGAGAACUAAACUCAUACAUUGUCCUUUCUGUGAAUGUAUCAUCUCCCGGAAAGUUUCUAAAACACUGAAGCAAAACAUAAUUGUUAUCUCCAGGAAGGAGGUUUGAAGAAAAAGGAACUAUUAAUUAAACCUCAAAAUUUUACCUAAGUAUUGAAAGCAAUUGAAAGUAGCAUAUUGCUCAGACUCAGAAAACUAAAAUCAUGUGUCUACCGGAACUCGCCUCCAGCAGAUCAAAGAGACGUAUAUCGAGUUAAACAUCAAGGGCCAAAAACUUAAACGUAGUUUAGCCAUGGUUUAACAGAACUGCGUUAAUAAUAAUAAUAAUAACAACAAUAAUAAUCAACUUUAUUUAAUGAGGGUAACACGGGACUGUACUUCAACUGAAUAACUAGUGGCCGUCAAACUAAAAUUAUACAACAAAAAUUAAGUAACCAAAAAUACAUAUCGUUAAAGAAAAAGAACUAUAAAUAUUCUAAGUCAUUUUCAAUUUGCCCAACGGUUUUAUCUAAACAUCAUUUAUUAUGAACAUGCAUUUUUAUGGAAGCAUAUAGAGAAGACUAGAAAAGCAUUUAUCUUCUUAAAACAACCCACCAAAGAAGAGAUCUGGAGGUUCAAAUAUUCGUUAAACUGCAGCUAGAGUUAGACUUCGUUUAAAUAUUUGGCCCUAAGUGUUUCUUUGUAUUUGGCUUAAAAAAUAAAUUAUUAUUGAUGUAGUGAUAUUUAUUGUAGAGUGUACAUUUAUUAUCUUGGACAAAAGAAAAUGGCUACAACCUGAGACGACAGAGACAGGUUUGAAAAAUUUCUUGUAAUACUUUUUUGAGGAUGAAUGCUAAAAAAAAUUUCCAUACUAUGUGUACUAUGCCUGACCCCCCCCCUCCUCCCAGGGGGUGGGGGGUACUUGACCGGUAUUUGGGUAGAGGUGAGCUGCUGAGGGUUUGAAACCCUGACCAUGUUUAGGACAAAAAAUUCCUAAAAUACAGACAUGUACACUAGCUGUUUAGGACAGACUUGCGCAAAAUUAUAUACCCUGUUUAGGACAGAAAGGAUGAAAACCAUACACUGUCCAGCGGCACAUCCAUGUAUAGGUCAUAUAAGGGAGUAUACCCUCGGACUAUGGGCCAAGUGAAAUUGGUAAUGAUUAAAUAAAGUUAUUUAUCAAAACGAUAUUUUCUUGUUUGAAGAGUGCAUGGCAGGUGAUGUUAACCUCUUCCUUGAUGACAGUCGACGGGACGUGGCAGAGAUAGAGAUUAUGAUAGCAGGUAAAAGAUGUAAACUGUUAAAGGUUUCAACCCAGGAGUCAUUUCUUAAGUAGGUUGAGCAUGAUCGUCAUGGUGAACGUAGUCCUUAAUAGGACUGUCGUUGACAGUGACUGAUGUUUUGACAACCCAUGUGGAAGUCAUCUUCAGAGUCAAAGUGACCGGUAUAAUGUCUGUUGAUGGUAUUAAACUCUGGUUAGUGAACUGAUUGAUCAAUUAUGUCAUGAUGUUAUUAGUCCUCUGUCAGUUAAGCCAUGGUGUUAUUGGCUAUGAAGACUUGAAAUGUCAUUGGUACAUUUCAAUCCGUCUAUUGCCACAAUUUAACAGUUGUUUACUGUUAGUCAAAUUGUUGGUUGUCCAGUCAUUUUCUCAUUGUUAGUUUUGCUUGAGUCCGUCAAUAAGUUGUUUGUACAGUGCGAGUACUGGUUGUUGAAAUGUCAGUCCCUGUCAACAACAGUCCUAUGCAGGACUACAUUCACCCAGACGACCAUGCUCAAUUACAACCCACUUAUGAAAAGAUAUAAAGUUGUCUCUGUAGGCCAUUCUUGCUGGGUCCUUAUAGUACUUGUAGGCUGUGGUAUUUUUGUUUGCCUGUGGCUGGUGUGGAUUAAUAUUCUUAUGAGUAGCAGUAAUUAUUUAUUUUUAAAUAUAGAACCAUCUUGUCGAAGAAAUGGCUUUGGAAAAGAAGCUCUGCUAACUAUGAUGCAUUAUGGUACCGUAUGUUGAAAAAAUACCAUUAGUGUAGCACAUUAAUGUAAUAACCACAAUCACAAUCAAAAGUGUUGGGAAGGCCACCACCUUUUUCACUUCUUUGUUUUCUUCCUUUCCUUUUCCUUCCCCCUGUACUAUUGUUUUACAACACUAAAGUGUUCUUGCCCAUUUAAUUGCUCUGCUCCAACAUUGACUAGAGAGGAUGAGGGAACAACUGAUCAUGAGGUAUGCAUUCUGCUGAUGGGCCUUUUGAUAUAGACUUAUGAACUAUUAAAUUUUUUCACACCUUGGCCAGCCGGCUGAGUGUAGAGUGACCUCCAUUACACUUCAAUGUGGGUUGACAGCCUGAAUGUAUGUACAAAAUGUUUCCUGGACUCUCCUCUCAAACCAUCUGGGUUCCACUGUUAGAAUUUUGACACUCUCAAUAAAUCACAUGGCCUUGUGUAUCUGAAUAUGGGUGGGGGGCCACUUACAUUGUAUAAUAAAUUGUUAUUAUAGAACUAAAAAAGAAAGCAUCUGCUGAAUACCAUAAUUAAUAUAUUUAUUAUUUUGAACAUUUUUGUCUAAUAUUGUCUUGUCUCUUUUGGGGAUUAGGUAACACCACCUUAGGAAUCCAAAAAUAUGAAGCAAAGAUUGGUUGUAGUAAUGAUGCAAGUUUGAGACUGUUCAACAAAAUAGGAUUUACAGAGGUAAAUUUUGGUUAAUAUCUAGUGUUGAGGUCUUGCAAGGGGUAGAAGCGACGGGCAACAUGACCCUGAAAACUGGUGACAAUCCUCUUAGAAAGCACGGACAAUCGACAGAAAAAGAGGAAAAUAUUGUGACAGCGACAAUCCAUUUUCAAGUUGUGAAAGCCACGUCUGUUCACUUUUGCAUUUUGGCUGUUUCGGCAGCAAAAUAACAAAGUUCUCUCUUCCAUUAUUUCUGAAGAUUUUCUGUCAGAGUCUGCCGCUAGCUAGGGCAAGUAAGUAUUAGGGCUACUUCAGGUUCAGCGGAGCCAAGAUCUGGAAUGCACUUUCUCUGGACCUGAGGAGCGAGCACCAUAUUAAUAAGUUUUCGUUUGACCUAAAACGUCAUUUUAGAUCCAAGCCUAACUGAGCUUUCCUUACCUUUGUUAUACUUAGUUGUACCAUUUUUUAUCUGUAUUUUGUUGUGUGUGUUGUUUUUUCUUUUUCAUCAGGGUCCCAUUCAGACCAGCCUCGCUGAACUGGGCAUCCCUGUCUAAAUAUUGUUUAAAAUAAAAAUGAAUAAAAAUAAGAUUAACAUAAUAUUGUUCUUGAUUGGUCUCUUGAAGUAGAAAAGUUAGCAUUGUGAUUAAUUAUUGUCAGGUUCCAUAUCUGUGGUAAAUUCCAAUUUGAGUAUCACAAAUUGAAAUUUAUGCAGAAACGACAGGGACAUUUUUGUCUUAGCUAAAAUGCAACAGCAGCAUAUUUUCCCUAACCAAGCAGCAGGCAGUCUCAGAAAUGCCUGACAAAGCGACAGCAUACCCCCCCCCCCACCCCUUGGAAGGCCUCAAUAUUGCAUUUUUCUUUCUUUCAGUAAAAUGAUAUUAACUAUAGUAACUAAUAGUUGCUUUUGUUUAAAUGUUCUUGCUCAUCAGGUUUCUGUUAGUGAAGUGUUCAAAGAGGUGACGUUAGAAAUGAAUGUCACUGAAGCUGUUCAACAACACCUUGCACAGGCGACCAGCCACAUUCACAGUCACAAAUAUCCGCACAGACCUGGUGACAAAACUUUGAAGUAGCACAACUUUGGUGCAUGGAGUUAUUGUAAAGGAACAAGCUGGUUCACUGUCCAGAAUGAAGAACAGGUCAAACAAAGUGUCCUGAAAAAAGAUCAUGCCACAGUCAACUUGAUCUCUCAUGGCAACCACUUCUCUAAAUGACCACCUCUCGUAAGCAACCACUUGUAAAUAACCGUUUUGUUUCUAACUCAAAUCCUUUUUCAAAAACUCUCUUACAAGCAACCAGUUGUCUGAUUUCUUAAUCAACGGUGACCACCUUUAAGGCGAAUUGUACUAUGUAAUUAAGUGACAUCUCCCUCCUAGAAUUACUCGAAUGUCGCACAUGUUCAGUUUUUAAGAUCGCUGAACCAGGUUGCUGACAAAUACAGUAUAAUAACAGUGCAUAGUGUACUUCCAGGAAAAGACGAGUAUACCAAUCAAUGUCAUUAGCGGGGUUGCAAAGAAUAAUCCUGUGUAGUGACAUAAGUGUCUGAUAUUCUUGUUGACUUUUAAAAGGCUCAAAACACAAAGGCAAUCGAGCAUUCUAGAUUUCUUCAAUAUGCGUUUGAAUGUGACUGAGUGAUUACAAAAUGUAAAUACUUCACAGUCUGAAUUUACACUGCAAAAAAAAUUUAUGUGCACCAAAUUUUAAACUGCAUUGCACUUGUUUCAGGUGUUGAAAGUGUUGUCUAUUACCCUAUUUUUAGCUCAAAAGGUAUUUUUUAUCUAAGUUUGUUAAUCAAUUAAGUUUAACAUUACUUUGUUAUGUUUUCGGACCUUAAAGGACCACUUCCUGUAAGAGACCACUUUUCCUGCACCAAGAGUGGUCGCUUACGAGAGAGCUGACUGUAUUUUGUAGGCUAAUUUCACAGCAGGCUGAAUAUGUCUGCUUAAAUCUCAUAAGCAAACAAUACAAGUGACCAGCAGUAGAUCCAAUAAUUAUUGUUUUGGAAGGCAGGAGGUGGGUGUUUGACUCCUGUAUUAAAGGUAUGGGGAUGCUUAUCAAAAAAUCUGGGUGUCUCUAAGGUCCUAUUUGACCCUAACAGACAAUAAGUAACCAAUUCCUGGAACUAAUUAAGUGAGCGCUGUCAGUAGUGAUAAAAUGUGUUAAUAUAUUACAACAUUUAGUUUUCUUAGUUUGAAUUACUAUUUUCUUAUAGACUGCCCUAAGCUUUAGCUUUCUGAACACCAGAGUAAGACACUAGUCUGCAAUUAACACUCCUAUCCGAGACAACAAGUAUCCCCGUCUCUUUCAUAUGGGAGUCACCCCCCUUUCCAACUGUAUAGGGCUUUGCCUGGGAAAAUUUGGUUUUGGAAAGGUGGUUGCUUAUGUGAGAUGGUUGCACAGGCAGUUUCAAGUGUACAUGUACUUUCGUGGUACAAAUUCUAGUUUCAAAGCCCAGUCUAACUUCCCAAAGCAAAUAAUUUGUGGAUCAGACAUAGCUGUCCCUGACUCAAAAGAGGUGCCUUGCUUAUUGGGGGUUGGAUAUUGAAAGAGUCAGCAUUACCCAUACAGUAUUAAUAGACCAUUUUACUGUUGUGGAUGGAAGCAAGGCUAAGG